AACGCGCCUUGAUCGUCAGCCACCUUCACAAAAUCUUUGCCGCCGUCAUCGCAGAGAGCGCCCACGAUGGACGUCGAUCCCCCAAAAGCAAACGGCGGCACGCUCUCGCUGGACAACAUUCUCGGCGAGGAUCAUGAGAUGCUUGAGCACCCCGGGCUGAACGGCGCCCCGGCCGGCGGUUGGGAUGAGGAGGCUACCGAGCACCCGGUUGCGGAGGGCUUCUGCAUAGAGUGCGAGGACCAGCCAGCUCAAGUCCACUGCGAAUCAUGCGGGGACGUAUACUGCGACGUGUGCUUCGCUGCCCAACACCGCAAGGGCUCGCGCAAGCGGCACGCUACACGCCCGCUCAGCCAGCAGACGGAGAAGAAAGCAAAGAACGAGACCGAUGCGGUGCCGUCAGGCGCCGCCACCGAAGCGAAGAACGAGGAAGACUCAGACGAUGAGGACUGGGUGGACGCGUCUGCGGUACCCUCGGGGGAGCCGCUUGGUGCGGCACCAGCGGUCGGGGAAAGCGUCGGGGAGUGGUUCGUGGAGCGGGCGAAGUACAUUCCCCUGCGCCUCACCUUGGGCGAACGGAAGUUCUUGCGGCUGCUUGAAGCCGCAUUGAAUGUAUCUGAGUACACGGAUAAGAUCGACACCAUCGGGUUCGGGCUGUCAAAGGCGAAGCGUAUAGUGCAGCAAAUUCGCGAGCUCUGCGCAAUCAUGUCCGGCUUGCUCCUCGCUGCCGACUACAAGCAGGGGCAGGAGCUCUUCUCCGAUCGUGACUUCGACAAGAAUGCCGAGUUCUACCAGCGCGUCUUCGAGCUGGGGAGAAGACACAAGAUCAUGAACCCGGACAAGAUGCGGACGACGUACGGGAAGCUCAUUUACCUAUUGCAGGACAGCCAAACGCCUGAAGUUAAGGACAUCCUUGGCUUUUCUUGCGUCUCGCCGAUCAAAACCGUGUACACUGUACUCGAAGAAGCCGAAGCUAUCGACCUACUUCGCGAGGAUAUGAUCACCGUCGCCACAAAGGAGAUCUACUCAGAAGGCCGCGCCCGCCGAGACAUCCAGAAGGACAUCAAGGCGAAGGAGCGCGCCAUUGAGCACCUCUCGUCGCGUUACUCCCGCCCAGGUCUAUCACAGGAGCAGAUAAGGCAAUGUUUGUACUCCAUCGGCGACAACCACGCUUUCCUGCGUGCCAACCGCGACCCAUGUGAGAAGAUGAUUGGCUACUUGAAGCAGUUCUUCCACCCUACACAAGCGAAGGAGUCGAAGACAAGUCUUGCUAUCCGCAGUGGUAAGGGUGGCGCUCGUCUUUCGCAUGAUCACUCCAAGCAGUACGCCUACGUACUGCAAAGCUUGACUCUUUGGCGGGAGAUCCUGCAUGACAUGUUCCGCUUGUGGUCACUCGCCGAGCAGGACCUGCUCUCCGACAAGGUGCCCUACCGGUUGCGCGACACCGGCCAGGGCCUCAACCGCGUGCAACCCGCGCCCAAAACUUCGCGCAUGAUGCACUCCAUCCUGCACAAAGCCCAGUCCUCCGUCGGCUCCUGGGUCGGUUCGAGCGUCAUCCACAUGGGCGACCACAACGUACCGAACGCGCUCCUCUUUAUCGACAAGUACACGCAGAUCUACCGCAUCCUGCUCCCCAUCUGCAACACGCUGCAGCAGAUUCCGGGGUUGGCGAAGGGUAGCCCGGCGAUCGCGUCGUACAUCGAGGAUGAGUUCGGCUCAGUGGAGGGCGCACAGCGCGAGAUUCUGAGCGAUUUCUUCCGCCAUGGGUUCGAUGGGUCGGGCGCAGAUAACUUCUUUGAUGCGGGUAGCUGCAUUGACGGUCGCCUGACGAGCGCCUGGAACUGGUGCUCGUCAUUGGAGAAGAAGCGUUUCUUCCAUCUGUUCCUCUUGACAGGAUUCGUGGGCUUUGACGGUGAUUGGUAACAACUGUAGACAUGUCCUUGGUGGUUUUGUAGAUGCUUUCGUUGGUUUGCUAUCCAGACGAUGUCGACUGUUCA